GGUUAGUUAGGUUCUUUCAAUUGAUCAAGUAACAUCGUACAUGAAGAGAAGCGAAAAGCGCAGAGAGAAAUCAGAGUUUUAUCUGAACUUGAGUCAGUUUGAGUCACUACAGUCAGAAAUCAACUACACAGAAAAUCAACAAGAGAGUCCGGAAUGGAAUAAGAGAGUCGCUUUUUGUCGCCGUCUUUAAUGAACAAAGUACACGUUGAGUUAUUUUGUAAAUUUUAUCAUUAUUUAGUAAUUAGUAGACUCUUAACAAAUUGUCACCAGAAGUUACAAAGUUUUUGUCUGUGAAACGCAUUGAGAGCAGAAGCAAAAUCGAACGUUCUCGUGUGAUAAACGUGCCGGAAACAAAAUCGCAGCUGAGUUCGAAAACGCCAUCAGUAGCAGAAACGACAGCAGCAAAAAGGCAAACCGCGAGAAGAAAAUCGAUUAUUGUCAAAGUCGGUGUGAGCCAAAUAGCGGAAGAAAAUUUGCAAGUUAUGCUUGAUGCAAGGAACUGAAACAAGUGAAACACAAUCCUCUUCGCAAAAGUAAUGCUUAGGAUUUUCAAAUUUUGCCCGAAAGAUACACAAAGUUGAAAUCCGUUUGGAGCAACAACCGCAACAUCAAUACCCACAAAAAUACAAAUGGAAGAGUAGAUUAUUUAAUGCGAGUAAAAAGUAAUAUUUAAAAAAUACAAGUUAAUAAAAGAAAGUGAUAAUCAAGUGCUGUGAAUUACAAAUAAUAAAUUUUAACCGUAAGCUAAAGUUAAGAGCAAAAAGAGUAAAUCAAGCCCUUACACAAAACGGAGAAACGGAAAAGUGGAAAACAUCAACAAGUCAAACAACGGAAGAAAGCAAAAAGAAAAAGUCAAGCGAAAGGUAGCUGAGAAAAAAAAUCAGUUGCAUAUCGCGGACGAGCAUUGUAUUUAUGAGUGCGAAUUUUGCUGCCAUCGACGAUCUGGUUGAAGAGUUUCUGAAAAUGGAACUCAUUUCCGUUCCUCCGUAUCCAGGCCAAUUGGGUUAUCUAGGAUCAAACAAAGUCAACGAUUUCCGAACACCGUUGAUGCCGAUACCGGCAAAUAGUAAUAAGAACGCCAAUCAACGCCAUCAGACGCAGCAGCAGCUGCCCAGCAGUCAGCCGGUCAGCCAGCGGGUUCAUCACCACCAAACUCACCACCAUCACAGCCAUCAUCAGGCGGCGCAGGAGAACAGUCAGCCGCUGGAGCCGGCGACAAUAGCUCUUACCGCAUCGCCUCACGAAGAUGCCCUGCAAGCGCUAUCCGCCCGGCUCGAGUCGGAACUGCGCACUGCCAAACGGCGGCAUUUAGCUUGCACCGAAGUAUUACUCCCGGCCGACCUUCUGCCACGGAUAGCUUCGCAGAUGUUCGAACUGUCCGAGAAGGAACCCUGCGGUAUCCGUGGCUGCACGGUCUACAUCGAAUUCGAGGACGAACCGGACAAUAGCAGACGGAUCGCCACCAUGAAAACCGAUCCCACGACAGUAUCCACCUUCGAGCUGUAUCUGACACUCCGACAAGACCGAAGCGGCUGGACGUCGAUCCUGCCACAGUUUCUCAAAAAUCUGGCCCGUGGCAGUACGAUAAUGAUCAGUCCGGAGUUUGCCCUGACAAAGAACAAACUCUACCACGCCUACUCGGACUAAGUCAUUAGGCAUCCGUGUCGUCGCUUCUUCGACCAUCGGUGCGCCGCCAUGUCUGCCGGCUUUGACAGAGUAGGCGGGCUGGCGGUGGCACGCGAGCAAAGGUAGGAAUGAAUUUUCCAACUCUUUCCAACCGCAAACAAGUGUAUCUAUCUGUGAGAAUCGGUAAACAGGCCGUCAACCUCCUCCGAAUCGAGUGUGGAGUGUGGUCUCCUGGAGUCCCGAAGUUUGGCUGCGAUGUUCUACGAUUUUUUAAAGUAUUUUAUAAAUAUUUAAAAUUGUGACCGGUGGCUAAGAUACGAAACAAAAAUCAACCAAGUGAUCGCGUUUUUCGUGUAGAUGACGCUAGGAGCGAAAAAAAAAAGUGUAAUAGUAGCCAGCAAAAAAGAACACAACGUGAAAUCUCUCUCAUUUUUUUUUAAAUUUUUUGUGUAUAGCCUACAAAAAAAACUGAUGCAAAAUGAAAUACACAAAAGAGUCGUCGCCAUUGUGAAACUUUCGAGUUUAGGAAAAAAAUCAGCAAGACAAAAACCGUGUACAGAAAAGCGUAACAUUGGAUUGGAAUCUAUUCGUUUCGUUGUCGGUGUUGAUCGAAAGUAGCCUUUAAAACAUAUACACUUGAAAAUCGCGAUUGCUGCUGAACGUAAAUUUCGAAAUACAGAACAGGAAGGAAAUAAUCAACUGUCACCGUAGCGUCACGCAGGAGUGACAGGCAAGCAGCCUAUAGGUAUGAUUUUUCAAAUUGUAACAACUUUGUGAUGAUUUCCUAGUGAUUUUUCAAUUGAUCCAGGGUGAAGCGCGCAGAAUGGUGGAAUUAAUCGAUCACCGUUAUGGGCGCUUCGCUUUGCGAAUGUUAAGUUUUUCUCUCGCCAUCGAAAGGGGAAGUAACGUGAUCGCAGCAAGCUAACAUCAAAAUUUGUUUGUCAUUUCGUGAUUUUUAUUUUCAUUUUGGCACUAGGAUGUUCAAAUUAUAUCAAAUUAAACUUUGCUAUUUGGCUUUGAUUUUUGGUUGAAAAAUAAGCAUUUUAUCUUGAAAACAAAUUGGUGUAGAAUGUUCCUAGGAAGCAAACGUCAAAAUCAAAACGAAGCAAAGAAAUUUUUUGCGGGGUUUCUGGGGGGUCGGACAAGCGGCGAGAAAAACAAAGCAACCCGAAAAAAGCAUUUGUGAGUAAUCUUUUUAAGGCAGUUUUAAGGCUAAGAGCGGAAGCGUAUUUUUCGAAAGAAAGAUUUAUUCGGUGUCUCAGAAGCACGUUUUUUUGUCUCUGUGUAUGUAAAUUAUCGAUUAACGAUUAUUAGCUGUUAGGAACGUCGCGGAGAAGGUGGGAGAAGCGAAAGACGAAUACAACUUGUUUAUCAUUUGUGAUAUUUGCGCUAAUUACAGAUCCAGCUCUGGUCUCUUCUAUAGUUUGUUUUUUUUUUCUUCAAGCGAUAACGAAAGCUUAAAUUCACAACAAAACAUAAACUUUCGGGGCCGAUAUUUUCGUUUUUCUUCUGCAAACUUCUUUUUAUUUGAUCUCAGAGUUAAAGGUAAAAGUAGAAGUAAUAAUAAAUUAUCCAUCAACACAAACAAAGUUUAAUCAAUAGGAAGAAAUAGCUUUUCCAUUUUUGCAAGCACUGAUCUCCGAGGGAACCAGAGAAUUUCCAUUCUGAACAGCGUUUCCAAUUUUGACAAAUCAAAACAAAAAAGGGACGCAUAAAAAACUCACUCAUAUUCACUCAGUCAUGUGCGUACAGUAUAUCAAAUUAGAAUUCGUAUAUCAAUUAUCAAGAACCCUCCUUUCCCACUGUAUGACCGUUAGAAAUCGAAUUAACACAAACAAAGACACACACACAACCAAAUAGAUGCAAAAUGGUUUUCACAAAGGAAGCAGAACAGAUCGUUUCUUUUUUUACUGCAGUCAUCGUUUGCAACACAAACGUCACACACAAUGCAUUGAAAUAACGAAGAAUAAAACAGAAUAGAUAUCGUCAAUAUGUGUCUGUAGUUGUUUAUCAGUAAAUCAUCAAUUAAUCAUAAUCGUGUAGUUCGUGAUUCACACAGUAAUAGUAAGUAAUUGGGACGAUUUAGCGUUCAAAGGGAAAUCUGUUGAUCUCAAUCCAAAUUCAGCUGUCAGAAAAGCUACAACCAGCAGCGAUUCACCCCUCGAUCAUUCCGCGUUGCUUGGAUUCUAAUAUUUUCCAGCAAUUUGCGUUAGCAAACAAAAGAACAACCAGUCUUACUUAGCAACUGUUGGACAAAAUUUUUGAGAACGUUUAUGGCGUUAACUUGAUCAGCUGAAGAACUCACCCACCUCUAUCCUAAAAGGGAACAGUUAUGUGAGAAAUGGUGUUUUGGAUAUUCUGAUGAUGGCAAUGCGAAACGAAAGUUUGAGCGAUUCGGGCUCGACGGAUUGAUCGAACGGUGAAUCGCUUCCGAUUUAGAACCGUAACAUUAUUUUAUUUCUCUAUUUUUUCUUUGAACUUCGCGGAAAUCUGAAACAAUAAAUCGAUAACAAGAGGAGAAUGGACGAAAAAUAGUGAUUAGGAUGUAAGGGCAAACAUAUUUAAAAUGAGAAAGUGAAAUUAUUAUCACCGUAAACAGUGGAAAAUGAAGUGUUUGAUACAAAAAAAUAUUGUGUGUGUGUUUUAUUAUAUUUAUAUAAUAUUUAUCGUAAAAAAAACAAAAAAGUAACAAUAAAAAACUACUAGGAUUUUCAAAUUUAAAAUAAAUUAUGAAAAAAAUACAAAUUUUAAAAAACAGCCCACAAAAACGAAUCAAUCUAACAUAAACGUCAACCAAACACUACGAUCCUUAUCCUUGAAAAAUCCGUACUUUGUAGAAACACAAUUGCAACCAUAUGCGAGUCAAUAUUGUUUCCCAUUUUUCAUAAUCCCACUUUAAAAAUACUUCCCUCUUAAUCCGAAUGUUUCGCAUGGAAACAAAAAAAAACUUUUAAUAGCGAUUUAAAACAUCUCUUGUUUGUGCGUAGAGUUUGACAACGAAGCGCUUUUCGGCACCGGCAUCGGUCUGACGGAGCGGGCGCCGAAAAGAGCUUCGUUCUACGAAAUUUCUCAAAAAAUGUGAUAUGAUCUUAGUUGAACCAAUAAAUGAAAAUAAACGUAAACGAUUAAAUAGUCUAACGAUGAACUUUAGAGAGCGUGCGGCGGAAGCGAAAUCCAUAUCCCAGAAUUUGUAGAGCGCGGUUGCAGUCGGUGCCGACUGAGCGUGACGAACCGCCAGCUAAAAUGUAUUAAAAGUAUUGCGUAAAUAAUAACAACAAAGGAAACAAUGGACACGUUAAUAUACUGUAUGUAUGUAUUAGUAGAUUUUCGUAUACUUAUCAAAAAAUGAAGCAAGGAUACAAACAAAAUAGUAAACAAAAAAUCAUAAAACAAAUAUCAUAAAAUCGUGAGUAAAUCAAAAAAAAAUCUACUUUUUGUUUCGUAUUGACAAUUUUGUGGAGCCUGGUGGUAACCCUUCGCUCCAACCGAAAUCUGUUUUUUAUUUCCCUUGUAUUAGUAGUACUAGCGGAAGAGACAAGCACAACGUGAUCAAGUAAUGUUAAAAUGAAGGAAGGACUUAAAACCUUACAACAACAAAUGAAAAAAAAACUAAAUGUUUGUAUAUGUGUACUGAUACAUGCAUAUAUUCGAAACCAGAAAAAAAAAAUAAAACCCUAUACAAAUCUUUGUAGACUGUUAAGGAUUUAAUCUCGUUCAUAUCCAGCAGCAGUGGUAAAUAGUACAGAGACGAUUUACACAAAAUAAGCUGAUAAAAACGGAACAAAACAGUAGGAAGCUUCUUGAAACUUAUCUCAUUUCAUUCAACUCAUCAUCAGUCUUUUUGUUUUGACAGCUUCUCGGAGAUCAAAGUAAACGAUGUGCUAAUAAACGCUAAAACAAAAGAAAAAUUCUCUCGCCCGACACAGUUUAGCUUUGCUCGCGUGACAAACGUGCCCGUGCCCCUUCGGGAAGAUUAAGGAGAAAACCACUCGUGUACAAAUGUAAUGGAUAAUAAUUGUUAAUCAUUUUUUAUUAUUAUAAUCAUUAGCUAGGAUUAGUAGGAUUCAUUAAAAAAUAAAUUGCGAUGCGAUGCGCGAAGCGUGCAAGCAGCUGCGACCGAUCGAAAUAUACUUCUAAAAAACAAAAUGAAAGCGUGAAGCGCCUCGAUUACUACACGUUUGAAGAUGAAGGCUAUGUGUGCUUCGGUUCACCCUUAACAGUUUGAUGCAGGAUGCACUCGGCUUUUUUCGGCGGCGUGCGAAUGAGCGGCGAGUGCGAGAGAAAGAGUAAGCAAGCUUCUAUUUUGAAGAUAUUAGCGACGAUUAAGUUUUGUUUUUGAUUUCGAAAAACGAAAAUGCGAGAGCAAAUUUCAUCAUUUAUUUUGAUUGUAAGUGUGAUCUUAACUGUAGUGUUUUAUGUGUCACUUUUUUAAAAGCUCUAUUUUAUUUUUCGUCUUAUCGAAUUCCGCGAAUACAAACACAAAGUCAUAGUCAUUUGUUUUUAUUUUUUACUAUGUUAUUUAGUCAUGUUUCAGUUUUUUUUGUUUUUUUACAUAACUAUUUACAUUUAAGUCGAGCAUACAAGAAUUUUCUCUCAUAUUAAGGAAGAAAACUCUAAUCGUGAUAUUUGUUAUUAAUAAGCGAGCGCAAGCACGUAAACAUGGGCAAAGCAAACGAAUCAGGCGGGAGAAAGGGAAAGAUAGCAUGAGAGAAACAAUAACAGCGCAACGGGAAGCUGGCAGCGCACACUACAAUCCGGAAUUGUUGCCCUUCUGGCAAUGAUUUCAUUUUUCUGUUCUCUCAGUUCCAAUAACUGUAAAGUCGGUUCUCUUUAGUAGAUUUUUGCGCCUAAUUUCAAUCAGUAUUUCAGUUCGCGCAGUUCGUUUGAUCUUUGCCAUUGUGUUUAUCAAGUGAUGCGAUUUAGUUUUAUCAAAUCGAAUCAAUUUCGUUCAGUUUUGAUCUUCAAAACCCGAACUAAACAUCAACACAAGCAAACAAACAACUAAAAAUUCGAGCCAAAUUUUCAUUCCAAGUUUUAUUGCCAAUGAAACUUUAGUAAAUUUGGUUACACGGUUGCUUCUCGUCAUUCGGAUUAAACAAGCGGCUCAGAGAUCGGAACACGCCAAACUCAAUCCGCAGUUUUCUCAGCAAAGGACUACUUAAGCGAGUUUCGAUGUUUGAUCGCCGUCAAUUUUUAAAAUUGAAAUUUAGACCAUCCAAAAAGGAAGCGAGAAGAAACCACAGCGAACAAACAAAACAACACACAACAACAAACGAAAACGAAAAGCGAUGUUUUUGUUUUAGGUUAGGUUUUUUUUAUAUUAAACAAAUGAAAAUACUAGGUAUCUACAUUUAACAAAUGAUGGAAAAGAAAAGAGCAGAAGAAAAAGAAAAUCAGUUUUUGUUUUUAAAAGGGCCGAAAGUUAAGCCGCUAGAAAACGGAUUUUGUAAUGUGGAGUAAUGAAAGAGAAACGAAAAUUGAAGGAGGAGAAAAAUACAAAACAAAAUAUUAAGUGAUAGUAUCUAAAAGUGAUAAUAAUUAAGAAAUGAAAAAUAAGAAUAACAAUUGUAAUCUAGCAAGAAAAAUACAAAUAAUUAUGAAUGCUAAUGAUGAAAAACCACAUUAAUUAUUAUAUCAUUUGUAACAAACUGAGUAGAGAAGAAGGAAAACAAUGCAUUAUGGCGAAAUCAGUGGUAAAAAAUAAAAACAGUAAACACUUAGGAAUCCACCGUUUUUAAAAAGUAAUAUUUUCUCUUUCUGUGGAAAUAAUGGAAGAAAACACAAAUGUAUUAUGGAAGUAACAAAAAUCCAACAGAAAAAUAUGAAAAAACACAAUAAAAAAGUCAAAAAUUAAAAAAUAAACCUCUUCUUUUAUUUUAACCCCUUUUUUGCAACGCACUCUAACCCACUCCUUGCCGGCAUUUUCUCUCAUUGCGUUGCGACAAUAAUCGCCUUUGUUUGCUUUAACUCUACGGUCGAAUCGUCCAAGUCAAUCCGAAAUCUCCCCCACGUCUCCUUUCUUGCUGUUGGCCCUCCUCAAGAGAGUGCUUUUCUCGUUAUAUGACACAGAAAGAGAAUAAAUUACUCGCACAAACAAACACGAUACACACCCGAAUUACAUAACAAUCAAAAAAUCGGAAACACGUUCGCUACUCCAUUGUUCUCCGUCGUCUUUCAGCUCUCAUUAUCAAUGGUACUGUUGUGCGAAUAUAUAAUAAGAAAUAAAAAUACAAUGAAAACAUGAAAGCAAGUACAAAUAAACCUUCUAGCUAGUAAGUUUGAAAGAACAAACUCAAAAAUAACGAAAUCGAAUGCAUGCCAGCAUGCAGCUCGCUCUAAAGCGAGAGCACAAAGACGCCAAUAAAAUGCGUCAAAACCUAACUAGCGCUACUAAGCAAAGCAAAGCAAGCGAACUAACGCUGCGCGCCAUGUGAAAUCUAAAUGUCGAUAGAUCGAAGCAAGCUUCGAACAAAACUUUGUAGCUCGUAAGCUUCCCUAACCCACGAAUAAACAAACAAACAAACAAAAAAAAACUGAUCUUUGCUAGCGUUUGAAGAAAGGGCAAACCUGAUGAUUACAAAUCUAUACCUGAUAUCCCUUAAAACUGAUAGACGCGCAUGUGUAUUUCUCUAUGACACGCAAAAAAAAACUAAUUCGAACGAAAUGGAAAAAAAAGUAAAAGGCAUGAUAUGUGUAUUUGCGCUCCGUCUAUAUGAUUAUUAUAACCAAUAAUGUUUUUUUGUGAGAAUAUUUUUUUGAUGAAACAAAAAAAAAUACAAAAAACCACGAAACUCGAAUCGGAUUCUAUGAAUUUGUGAGUUAUCGGAACAAAAAAAUUGGAAUGAAAAAUAAAUUUUUAUAUUGAAAGCA